UUAUUGUAGAUAUUUAUUUUACCGACACAUUUAAAUGUCGGUAAAAUUAAUAUCACAAAAAUUACCACUGACGAUUUAAAUUACAGGGUUAGGUUAGAUUAUAUGUCAAAACACGUGCACGUGGUCGUUAAAAACAAUAAAGAAAAAUCGUUCUAAAUCCAUAAAAAUUUAACACUUUGAUUAAAAUCAAGUAAAUAAAUUACAAAAAUGAGUGAAAAAAUUAAAUCAAAAGCUUUUAAACGCGCUAAUAAUAACAUUAAGGAACGACUUAAAGAUUUUUUUCUAUUAAGUUAUUCUCACUAUACUGCGCCAGGAAUUAAUCUCAUUCGAAAUAAGAAGAAUAAAUCUUGGAAUAUUAGUUCAAUGAUUGGAAUGUUUCAAGAUUAUCCUUACAAUUGUGAUCUUCCAAAACCUCUUUUGCCACCAGUUAAGUUAAAUCGUGAAGUUUUGGUUGAAGAAGAUCCAGCAUUACAAUUAAUAACAACGAAAGCACACAUGAAAAAUGACAUGAAUAGACUUAAAAACUAUUAUUUAAAAUACGAAAAGGUUAUGCAAAAACUAAAAAGAGAUGAUAUAAAAUGGAAUAAGAAUAGUAAAUUAAAAACUACAACUUUACCAAGGUAUAUUGCGGAAAUUGCUGAAAUUAUUGAACUGGAUCCGGAUCCUUAUUUUUCAGGCACCUACAAUUGGUAUUACACUGGAGGCACAUUAAAUAAUAUUUGUCAUGGAAACGAAAAUAUUCUACUAUUCCCCUAUUGUGAAGAAUUAAUUGCAACUUCCAUGUCACUUUAUGAAGCAUCUGUAUGGAAACCAAAUCUACUAACUGCAGACAAAUGUCAACUUGAUGGCAAACUUUACGAAUUAAGGAAUACAUUCACAAAUGAUUCAUAUAGAAUUAUUGGACGUUUUAAGAAUCACUGUAUAUUAUAUAAUCUUUAUGUAUCUAAUUCUAAAUUGAAUUUAAUUGAAUUGCAUAAAGAAAUAUCUUCUAUUCCUUUUGUCAGUGCGGAUCUGAAUCCAUUCAAAGUAAAAGAAUUUAGUACAGUAAAUGUUGAAAGACUGAUAUCAAUUUGGGACGUGACGAAAAGGAAACCCAUAUCUAGUGGUAAUGUAAUAAACAGAAAAAUCUCAGACGAUAAUUGGGGAAGUAUUAGAUAUCAAAAUAUGGAUCCCAAUGUUUUAAUUUUUACUGACAGAUGUUGUGUCCACUAUAUUGAUACAAGAGAACCAAUUGAACGACCUGCCCUGUCAAUGUGUCCAAAAUCAAAUUUGGAAGUAUGCGAAAAUCUUUGUUAUGAUAAUUCAAGUAGAAAUUCAUUUUGUCGAUACGUGGGAACAUAUCACAGUUUACUUUUAUGUGACAAUCGAGUACCAGAUGAAUGUGUGCAACAAAAAUGGACUCAUCAAUUUAAAGGAGCUCCACUUCUAUUCAACGUUAUCAACAAAGGCGAUCAGGAUGUAAUAAUUCUAACGAGUCAACUUCAACGUGAAAGAUCAAUAAUUCUAAAUAAUUGGACUAAUGAAAAUGAUUCACAGUCUUACAGUUUACCCUUUACACCACCCAGUAUUCUAGAAACUCUUCAAGAAUCUCAAAUGCAGGGAAAAUGUUUAGAUCCUUUAAUGAAACAUAGAUUAGGACUUAGUAAUGCAGGAUGUACAUUAAUUCCUGAUACUGAAGGACAAAUUUAUCUUUUUCUACAAAAUUCUAUUGGUGAUAUUUUCUAUCAAAAUAUAAUGCACGAGGAAAAUCUUGUUAAAUAUUCCGCGGAAAAUUUACAAGCUUUAAGAGCUUUAGAAUCUUGGGAGAAUGCAAUUCAAAAGCAAAGAGAUACUGUGAUACCACUCGUAUUUUCUGAGAAAACAAGCAUGAAUCACAUUUUUGAAAAUUUAAAGCGUUCGAAAUUGAAGUAUACGCAUCCUGAGAAAACUGAAAUUUAUAUUGAGCCACGUUGGAAAGAAUCAUUGGAAGAAAUGAAUUCUUACGUGGAUCUUUUAGCGCCUGAACUUUUGGCAGUUUGGGAAGUUAAUGAUAAUGCAGUUUUACCUUCGACAUCAGCUCCUCGUGAUAAAGUUUUAAAUUGGCUUGAAACCACUCAAGUGGCAGAUGGUUUUACUCAAUCAACAAUGCCAAGUCAAGAUAUUGAAGUGUUGUCAAUGCCUUUUCAAUCACAAGAACUUGUCAGCGUUUCACAACAAGUGGAAAUGGACAUUUUUGAACAAAUGUUUCUUCCUAAAAUAAAGACAAAAACAAAAUCCAAAGAAGUCAAAAAAAGGAAAUACAUUCCUGGUUUCUAGUUUUCUUUUUCAAUUUCAACAAAAUAAAUAUACAUACCUGUA